AUGAGCAGCAGCGCAGUUCCAGGAGGUGCUAAAACCUUGGCCAAAAGAAAGGCCACCCAAGAAAACAAGCUCAAACAACAACUCCAAAGUCAACCAACUUCUACGCGUGCCGCAGGAGCUGGUGGUUCGUCUUCUACCAUGCUGAAAAUUUACACCGACGAAAGUCAAGGUUUCAAGAUCGAUCCAUUGGUUGUGCUUGUUUUGGCUGUUUCGUUCAUCUUUUCUGUUGUGUUAUUGCAUGUGUUGGCCAAAGUCACCGGCAAGUUCUUUUAA